UUUUGAACCAAUACUUGAAAUUAUGAUCAGUUUUGAAAUUUUUUACAGGCUCAAAGCUACAAAACUAUCUAAAUUGUAUUCGCAGUGUUCUAAGAUCUCACCUAUGACGUCACAAGGGGAAAGCCCCAAGAGCACGAGAUCACUGUCGCGUAACGCCCCUUCACUAUACACACGUUCUACAACGAUGGCCACAGUGUCUGAAUACGCCGACAUUCUCGAAGAAGAACUCACUUGUUCUGUUUGUAGUGAUGUCUUCAAAGAGCCAAAAACACUUCAGUGUUUUCACAAGUUCUGUUUUGAAUGCAUCAAAGGCUGGAUUGAUAGAUGUAAUCGAGAUAAACAACUUGCACGUUGUCCGAUUUGUAAGGAGAAGAUCUUCAUCCCUGAGGGAAAUGUCUCGAAGCUUCGCUCUUCGUUUUAUCUUGAGUCUUUGUUGCAGCUUCUUGAUGCAAUGAAAAGUGCUCCAAAAACUUCAGCUGAAAACGCCCAGAAGGGAGAGAACUUCCCAAUUUGUGUUAGCUGCGAAAAACGUGCCAAACAAGUCGCGUUUUGUCCCCAGUGUGGUGGGAUGAUCUGUAAUGACUGUGUAAACAUACAUAACACUUUAAAGACGUUCAAAGAUGAACACCAGGCAACACUGUUCGCAGAUUUCAAGAAAGAACAUGUCAACAGCUACAUAAGAAACCAAGUUCAUUGCCAAGAGAAAUUUCAUGACAAGAACAAGCUUGAAUAUUAUUGCCAAAACUGCAGUAAAUGCAUCUGCCAAAAAUGCGCAGCAACAAAGCACAGCACACAUAACAAAGUGAGCAUUGAAGAAGCUGCAGAACAAGCCAAACAAUCCAUGGAAGAAGACAUGAAUCGGGUGGAACGUUUAAAAGAUAAAUAUCUACAAGAACUUGAACUUUCAAAGCAAAACAUGGAAAGAUAUGGAAAGGAAAUUGACAUCGCAAACAAGAAAGUUCGAGAUACGACUAAAGAAUACAUGAAAAUGAUACAAGACCAUGAAACACUGAUGAUUGCCACUUUGAAUAAUCUUUGGCAAGACCAGAAAGCUGCCAACGACAAGGAACAGCAAGAAAUCAACGCUGGCAUUGUAUUUCUCUCUGAUUUCAACCUUCGCAGUCAGGAAUUACAAGAACAAAAUGUGUCUCAUUUUAUUUUACAAAGUCAGCAGGAACUUCCUCAAAGAUGUGAAGAAUUGCUGGGGAAAAAAUCCAGUUUAUUGUCUAAACAACCAACCUAUCGUAACGCAACCGUUGAAUACAUUCCUAAACCCCAUGUCACGCAAUUCUUACAAGAUCUUGGCAAGAUCGCGGAAAGUGUGACAGAUCCGUCACGUUGUUCGAUGGAAUCUUUAAAGGAUGUUCUUUGUGGGUUUAUCAACGAGUUUCAGAUCGUAACAAGAAACACCGAAGGAAAACUCUGUUCUACCAAGAGAUCCAUGCUUGAUGUAAAAAUAAAUGAUAGCGAUGGCCAUGAUGUCGGGUGGGAUAUCAUCGAAAGUGGAACUGGACAAUUUACUGUGACGUACACCGCUGUUAAACCGUCCCCUUACAAUGUUUCUGUAAAGAUUGGUGGAAGAUCAAUCAGCAAUUCACCAAAGACGAUCAAAACCCUCGAUCCAAAGGAGGAAUUUAAACCUGUUAAGAUUUUUAGCGGAGAGGGUUUUGGCAAAAGCCAGCUGAAGGGCCCUUGUGCAAUGGCAAUCGGUAAUUCAGGAGAGAUUGCAAUUGCCGACUAUGUAAUCCACCGCAUUGCAAUAUUCAGUGUCGAUGGACAGUUUCUGAGAGAGUUUGGCCAUGAAGGAAUACAAGAUGGUGAACUAAGUGGACCAUGCGGGGUCGUCUACAAUGAUGAUACCAUACUCGUAAGCGACAACCCACUUAGUAAUGGUAGAAUCCAAGAAUUCGAUACCAAAGGAAAUUUUCUGAAAACAAUGUACAAAGAAAGAAAAAUUGUUAUAUUAACAAUGUGUACAUCAGAUGAGCACAUUGCAGUUUGUUGCCAGGGUGACAAAGAUGUCCAUUCCUGCAUAAAGCUAUUCAGCAAACAAACUGGACAAGUUGUCCAGGAAUUUUCUGGUAAUAAAAACCAAAUGCCAUUUCAUGUGGCUUACGGUAACAGCAAAUACUUUGUCACCUUUAUAGACAACAGCUAUAUCCACGUAUUUGACAAGAAAGGCGUUUUUCAGAAGAAGUUUGGAGAGAAAGCGAAACGUGAAGGACAAACUAUAUCGAAUUGUUUGGGCGGACUGGCAGUCUAUGGUUCUGACAUGAUUUUAGUCUGCGAUAGCUUCAACCAUCGUGUUCAGCUUUAUACGCAAAGUGGGCGCCUCAUAAGAUCGUUUGGUCACCAUGGUACCAAUGUCGGCGAGAUGCACGGCCCUGUCGAUGUUGUUGUUACAUCUGAUGGCAAAGUCUUAGUGUUGGAGUACCAUGGCAACCGUGUCCAAAUAUGGCAGUAAUUGACGUUACUAUGGAUGCUGUAGUGACAGUAUAUUGCUUGCACAAAGAGCUGCCACUAUUAUAUAACAUUAUUACAUACUGCAGGAUUAAAUUAUAGUUUAGAAAACAACAUAAGAAAGUGGCAUUUAAUUGAGUAUUUAAUGGCGGAUUUAAUAAUCUACGGAAGUCCUGGCGUCAUUUUGCUUGCACUUGCACACAAGCGUUAUAAGACUAUUUAAGAAACUUAUACAAAGUUAUGAGCUAUUUUUCCUUAGCAUAAACAUUUCUAGAAUUGAGACUGAACAAACUAUAUGCUUUAUCUGUUUUGCAGCUUUCUUAUUUUUUUCCAUUUGGCUUUUAUUAUGUAUAAAACUAUGCUAUAAUUUCAUAAAUUUAGUAUAAACAUUAUAAUAGAACAACUCUGACAGCGAUUAAGUCAUUAUUGUGACAAUAAUGGACCCUACACUUGUUAAUCUCUGGCUUGGUUAUAUCUAUUGUUAAUAAAUGGACAUUGUGUUAA